AUGGAGAAGCGAGGGUAUGCAGUGCUUGCUUUACUCUUGAUCGUUGUUGCUUCUGAAGUACAUGGUGCUGAAAGUCUGUGUGAAAGAAGAAGCCAAACAUGGCAUGGAUUUUGCGGAGAAACUACACAUUGCGAUAACCAAUGUAGGAAUUGGGAACAUGCAUGCCAUGGAGCUUGCCAUGCAGAUGGACUCGGGUCUGCAUGCUUCUGCUACUUCAAUGUGUGUGGGCAAAAUUGCUAA